AUGGUUUCUGUUACCACUCCCACUAACCCUACACCACAGCCCCAAGCCCAUACACAACCCCCAGCCCAAACCCAAGCCCUGAACAUAAUAGAACACUGCAACAACACCAACAACAAGACUCCAUUGACAACACCACCAGUGGUUUCACAUGAUGAUCAUGACUCAGAUAUUGAUGAUCUUCUUAAGGAAUACGAAGACUUCGCUAAUGAUGAAUUCUCUUUUGAUGAUUUGCCUCCUGGAUAUAGGUUCUGCCCCACUGACGUCGAGCUCAUCAGGUUUUACUUGAAUAAGAAGGUUUCCAAUGAGCCCCUCCCUCCCAACCAGAUCGUCGAGACUAACUUAUACGGCUACAAUCCCGAGUUUCUUGCAGCAGCAAACUACAAGAAAUGUGGAGAAAAUGAAUUAUACUUUUUUACUCCAAGGGAUCGAAAGUAUUUAAAUGGAGUCCGUCCAAACCGAGCUGCUGGUGAUGGAUAUUGGAAAGCUACUGGAGUUGACAAGCCUAUCAUAUUCGACGAAACCCUAAUUGGGUAUAAGAAGGCACUAGUUUUCUGUCAAGGAAAACCUCCAAAUGGUAUGAAGACUGAUUGGAUUAUGCAUGAAUUUAGAGUUGACACUCCUUCUCGAGAUAAAAGGAAUCCAAGUGACAUGAGGUUGGAUGACUCAGUCUUGUGCAGGAUUUAUAAGAAAACUGAUCCCAAAACAAAAUCUAAUAGGAAAUCAACCUGGAUAAACAUCAGGAAGGGGAUGGAACUAGAAGAACCUCUUCUUGAUUUAUUUUUUAAUACAUUCCCUUUUGAUACAUUCCCACCUGGAUAUAGGUUCUGUCCCACUGACAAUGAGCUUGUCAGGUUUUACUUGAAUAAGAAGGUUUCCAACGAGCCCCUCCCUCCCAACCAGAUCGUGGAGACUAACUUAUACCACCACAAUCCUGAGUUUCUUGCAGCAAACAACAAGAAAUGUGGAGAAAAUGAAUGGUACUUUUUUACUCCGAGAGAUCGAAAGUAUUUAAAUGGAAACCGUCCAAACCGAGCAGCUGGUGAUGGAUAUUGGAAAGCUACUGGAGCUGACAAGCAUAUUAUAUUCGACGAAGCCCUAAUUGGGUAUAGGAAGGCACUAGUUUUCUAUCAAGGAAAAGCUCCAAAUGGUACGAAGACUAAUUGGAUUAUGCACGAAUUUAGAGUUGACACUCCCCCUCGAGACAAAAGGAGUCCAGGUGACAUGAAGUUGGAUGAUUCAGUUUUGUGCAGAAUUUAUAAGAAUACUGAAAAGGAAUCAAAAUCGAAUGAGAAAUCAACCCAAGCCCAUGCCCAAGAUGAUCAGGAGGUUCCAAAUUCCACAUCUUUGCCUCAAAAAUGA